GUUUUUAGGAAAACACUGAAGACCUAAAACAAAUGAAACAGACUCUCUUUGAUGCUGAAACUGUAGCCCUUGAUGCCAAGAGAGAAUCAGCCUUUCUUAGAAGUGAAAACAUAGAGCUUAAAGAAAAAAUGAAAGAACUUACAAAUAUGUGCAAGCAAAUGGAAGAUGACAUUCAGCAAUAUCAAAACCAAUUGGAGGCAAAAAAGAAAAUUCAAGUUGACCUGGAUAAAGAAUUACAAUCUGCUUUUAAUGAAAUAACAAAACUCACCUCCCUGGUAGAUGGCAAAGUUCCAAGAGAUUUGGUAGGUAAUUUGGAAUUAGAAAGAAGGAUUACUGAUCUCCAGAAAGAACUCAGUAAGGAAACUGAAGAAAAUGAAGCUUUGCGGAAAGAAGUUAGCUUGCUCUCAGGAUUAAAAUCUUUACCCUCUGAGAUAGAAACAUUGAAAAAAGAGAUACAUGAGAAAUCUGAAGAGCUCUAUAUAAUUACAUCAGAGAAAGACAAAUUGUUCUCUGAAAUAACUCACAAGGAGAGUAGAAUUCAAGGUUUACUUGAAGAAAUUGGGAAAAUUAAAGAUGACCUAGCAACUUCACAGCUGAAUUAUAAAAACACUGAUAAAGAAUUUCAAGAUUUCAAAACCCUUCAUGCAGAAUUUGAGCAAAAAUAUAAAAUGGUCCUUGAGGAGAAUGAAAGCAUGAAUCAGAAAAUAGGAAAUCUAUCUAAAGAAGCAGAAUACUUUGGUUUAAGUUUGGAUGCUUUGAAGAAUGAGCUUUCUCACAAGACUCAAGAGCUUGAGCAGAAAACAACUGAAGGUCAAGAAAAGUUAAAUGAAAUAGAAUACCUGAAAGAACAAUUAGAAAGCAGAGAUUCUAGGCUACAAACUGUAGAAAAAGAGAGAGCACUGAUUACCGAGAAGCUUCAGCAAACCUUGGAAGAAGUAAAGACCUUAUCUAGGGAAAAAGACAACCUAAAACAACUCCAAGAGAGCCUGCAAAUGGAAAGAGACCAACUCAAAAGUGAUAUUCAGGACACUGUAAAUAUGAACAUAGACACUCAAGAACAGUUACGAAAUGCUCUUGAGUCCUUGAAACAGCACCAAGAAACAGUUAGCACACUGAAAAUGAAAAUUGCUGAAGAAGCUUCUAGAAAUUUGCAUAUAUGGGAAGAACAAGGGGAGAAACUAAAAGAUGAAUUUCAGCAAAAG